GAUGGUUUACCCUAAAGGGACAAGUCAUCGCCGUCGUCACGAGUUUAUUAUAUACAUGGACAAAUCUGAAACCUGUGAAUUUAGAGACGUCGCCACGAAUUUCGUUUGAUCUCGAAACUUCCCCAAUCUUCCGUCGUUUGCAUCAUCAGGUCAGGAAAGUGAGAGAUAAUAAUGGCGGGAGGAGGAAACUUUAUUGGGAGAGUGAUCUCAUACGUUGCCAACGAGCUCAUUGUUAAUGGUUUGUCUAACAGCCAUGCUUUCCAGAGAUUUGCUGUGAGGACCUCUAAAAGAAUCGAGAACAUCUCUAAAAUGGCUGCAGAGAGCAAGGAGAAAGUGGCUCAGCAUAUGGAGGAACUUUCCAAGAACUCUGAUACUUUCAAGAAGCCGUGAUAAUUCAGUCUUUCGAAGCUGAGGGGUAUUACAUGGAUCACCCUUGAGGGUCUAUUAUGUCUAUAUAUAUAAAAAAAGAAUGCUUGAAUGUAAUAAGCUUGUGGGUUAAACACAAUCUUUUGAGCUUUUUCUCUUCUUUUUCAAAAAAACACAUUCGGCCGGAGUGGAGUUACUUUGCUUUGUGAAAAUAUGUGAAGUCUUUGCUUGUUAUUCUCUAUUCAUUCCAAGUGUCUCCGUUGCUUAGAUUCUUCAUGUUUUGUGCGUUUUAAACGUGUAAUUAUGGUCUCGAUUUGAAGGGAAUUC